ACAUGGCUCACAAUCACCUGUAAUGAGAUCUGGUGCCCUCUUCUGGCCUGUAGACACACAUGCAGGCAGAACACUAUACAUACAUACAUAAAUAAAUAAAUCUUAACAAAUAACUGAGUUAAGGUUACCUUCUGGUGUUUACUCAGAGAAGGGCAGGAAGGGGUGAAGUGAAGUUGAGGCUUUGGGCCUGACCAUGUGGCCUUGCUACUCCCUUGUCUUUCUCAGAGGUAACAGUUACUGUCUUCCAUUGCUUUCCUGUGGCUGUGAUAAACACUGGGACCAGCCAUUUGGGGAGGAAAGGGCUUGUUUCAUCUUACACUUCCAGGUAAUGGCCCAUCAGUGAGGGAAGUCAGGGUGGAUACCUGGAGCAGACCAAGGAGGAAGGCUGUUUACUGGCUUCAUCUCUCUGGGGAUGCUUGAGUAACUGACAAAACCCAGGACCGCCUGCCUAGGGGUGGCACAGUGGACUGGGCCACAGUGGACUGGGCCCUCUUACAUCAAUCAACAAUCAAGAAAAUGCCCCCACAGACAUACCAAUGGCUGAUUCCCCCAUUGAGAACCCCUCAGAUAAAGCUGGAAUGUGUAAAGUCUAGAGCUGAAGCUAAAUAGAAUAAUUAAAAGCUCAGGAGACCAGCACCUGUGACUUAGGGUCUGCGUGUCUCUGUUGUGCUCACAAAUAAGCGCCAGGGAAGCCAAGAAUAUUAAACACCCAAAGUAGUCUUUUCAAGGGGAAAGAUGUAUAUUUUCUGCCUAGAAGGCUGGGAAUGGAGGUGGCUAACAGCCUGGGUGAGCCCCUGUGCUAUCUGUAGGUCCACUCUAUACCUGGCUCCCCUAAGCUCCCACAACUAGGACUAGAGGUGGCUAAUAGCCCAGAUGACCUUUAUACUAUCUGUAUGACCAAGACCACACCAGAUCCUUCCCUAGGCCCUUAAGAUAACACAAAUAGAACCCACCUUCAUGGAAGGAGUGAAAUGUACUUUGAGAAGAGUUUCGAUGUAAUCACAUCUCCUUGUACAUAAGGGGUCAUGUUACAUUAGGAAACUCUCUCCAAAAUUGUACUGUACUUAAAUAAGCAGUGCCCAACUCUACAAGUUUGAACCAACACUGGCUACUGAGUCCUGCUGAACCGUAUUUCCUUCUUGCCUCACUCAGCAUUACCCUGCCAACCCUCCUCUGUUUGCAGAGCCCCACAGGCCUCCAGGGCCAAGCUUGCUGCUAGAUCUUAAUCUAGAUGUUACUGAACUUGUGAGUCAACCAAUACCAAGUCAGUCUGAUCACCCAGCCUCAAUAAGACAAUGAAAGAACCAAAUUAAACAUUCAAAGCAGAAAAGGGAAACUCACUCAGUGUAGCCAUAUUGGGAAGAGGGAUAAAGAGGUCCAGCAAACCCCUUGAGUGCAUCUUUAAGGCCCUUCAGUGAGAUCAUGGUUUAAAUAGAGGUCCAAGGAAAUGCUCAUCAAAGCAGUCCCUGUCAAGGUCCAGACACCAUCUGGGCUUCCGUCUCAUCCUGUAAGGUAACUGGACAGAUUGUUGAACUAUCUGAGAUCUCUUCCAGGGAGACAACUUGCCCCUCUAGUUGGGGUCCUUUCUUCUCUCCCUCCACCCCCAGCAUGAUAUUCCUGGAGGAAAUUCCCAUUUCUUUAGAGUCCAUUGUUUCAAUGAUCUGAUCGUCAGUUUGAGAAACACAAGAAUCUAGUUAGGUCUUCAUUUCUGCCAGGCCAGUUAUAUGAGCACUGAGACUGGAUGGUGGAAGAGGGCUGCCUGCUCUCCACAGAGCCCUGUACACACUGUUCUCUGGCUCAUUUCCCAGGAAUCAUGAGGUGGAGGUCCCUUCUAGGGCCUUCACGGACAGUCCCACCCCACUAAUCACCAUUCAAAUGAGGUGGCUCCUAGGACCCUUAGACACAGCUUCCCCUGCCCUGACUCACCGUGGGCCCUUCACAGGCUACACCCUAUCACUACUUUCAAAUUCUCACAAACCAGAGAGCUCUACUUCAGCUGUUUUCCCCACUGUUGGUCCUCAGCCAACUGAAAGGAAACUAGCCCCACCCAUCUCGUGCUGUCAUUCUCUCCCUUGACCUGGUGUGUUAGAAAAACACCCAUCCUGCGGGGGGUGGAAUUUCCAGAGCUGUUGAGUCCACCUAUUAUGCAUUCUCCACAUACUGUCCUUUUAUUUUGUAGCUCAGGGCCAGCCAGUUUUUGACUUGCAGAUGCAAUCAGCUUAGUUCUAGCUGGGGUUCUACCGAGGGUGAGGAAACACCCUACUUCCUUCAUGAAGUCUCAGCACAAAAACAAAGCUUCUCCUACUCCACCCUUCCUAGGAAAACAGCCAGUUCUAGAGCUGGCUCUAAGCCCUUCCCUCUGGGACCUACAAAAACAUCUAGCCCCAAGAGCCUGCACUCCCCAGACUGCACACACAGUCAGCUGUGUGCCCAGGAGGCCGCAGGCCAGAUCCUCCUAAAUCAGAACAGCCAGUCCUAGCAUUGUUCCCACUCCCUCCCACUUGGGACCUACAAAUCUUCAUUCAGCUCAAAUUCCAAUUCUGCAUUUCCUACAUUCCCACACAAAGAUCCUACCACUGUGCACCGAGGAGGAGACGCUCAGAACUCAGAAUCAGCAACAUGGAGUUGAUUAAGGAUAUUUCCCGUCCACCACUGGUGCAUGUGAAGGGCAUCCCACUCAUCAAAUACUUUGCAGAGGCUCUUGAGCCAUUGCAGAAUUUUACACCCCAUCCUGAUGACUUGCUUAUCAGCACAUACCCAAAGUCUGGUACUACCUGGAUUAGUGAGAUCCUGGACAUGAUCUACCAGGGUGGCAAGCCAGAAAAUUGUCGCCGGGCCCCCAUCUAUGCCCGGGUGCCCUUCCUUGAGUUUCGAUGCCCAGGAGUUCCCUCGGGUCUUGAAUCUUUGGAAGAGACACCAGACCCACGGCUAAUUAAGACACAUCUGCCUCUGUCCUUGCUCCCUCAGAGUCUGCUGGAUCAGAAGAUCAAGGUGAUCUACGUUGCCCGAAAUCCAAAGGAUGUGGCUGUCUCCUAUUAUAACUUCUACAACAUGGCCAAGGUGCACCCUGAUCCAAAUACCUGGGAUAUCUUCCUGGAGAACUUCAUGGCUGGGAAAGUGUCCUAUGGGUCGUGGUACCAGCACGUGAAGGAGUGGUGGGAACUGACACAAACUCACCCUGUUCUCUAUCUCUUCUAUGAAGACAUGAAGGAGAAUCCCAAAAGGGAGAUCAAGAAGGUACUAGAGUUUUUGGGACGCUCUCUGCCUGAGGAGACUGUGGAUAUCAUUGUUGAGCAUACAUCCUUCAAGAAGAUGAAGGAGAACCCCAUGGCUAACUACACAACCAUCCCCACUACAGUCAUGGACCAUGAUAUUUCUCCCUUCAUGAGGAAAGGUAUCACUGGGGACUGGAAAAACACCUUCACUGUAGCUCAGAAUGAGCAAUUUGAUGCCCACUACACCAAAAUGAUGGCAGGCUGCAACCUCAAGUUCCGUUGCAAUCUGUAAGUGGAUAUGGCUAUAUUGGGAAUGAAGGAAAUCUGAGCUCAGAGAAUGAACAGGACUUGGGUAGUAUCUGAAUGAAGAGGGUUUUACCAACACGUGUCAGGAAAGCAAUUGAUCCGUGCACUGAAAAGGAACCCAAGCAUGCAACAACAGAAGACAUAAACUGUAUUUUACCUGAAAGAAUAAAUGUCACUGGGAGCUGA